UUCUUUUUCUUUUGUUUUCCGUUGGUUCAUUCUCAAUCUAUAAUCCCAUUUCUAUAUAUCAUCGCAUCCUCAUUCUCCUUCUUUAUCCUCCUCCAACCGUAUUCCACCGAGUCACGCGGAGGAUCGCCAUGACUCGGCGGUGCUCCCACUGCAGCAACAACGGACACAACUCCCGAACGUGUCCCACAAGAGGGGGCGGCGGAGGAGUCAAGCUUUUCGGAGUUAGGUUAGGAAAUGGAUCCAUAAUUAAGAAAAGUGCAAGCAUGGGCAACCUCAACCAUUCCUCCAAUCCAGGUUCACCCUGUUUCGACCUGCCUCAUGAGGGAGACGCCUAUUUGUCCGAUGACCCAGCUCAUAUGUCCACCCUCGCUAACCGCCGCGGAGAAAGAAAAAAAGGUGUUCCAUGGACUGAAGAAGAACAUCGGCUGUUUUUAAUUGGUCUCCAGAAGCUGGGCAAAGGAGACUGGCGUGGGAUAGCACGUAGGUUUGUGGUAUCAAGGACUCCUACUCAAGUAGCAAGUCAUGCCCAAAAGUAUUUUAUCCGGCAGAGUCAUGCUACCAGGAGAAAGAGACGUUCCAGUCUUUUUGACAUGGUUCCAGACAUGUCUUCAGAUCCACCCUCGGUGCCAGAAGAACAAGUGCUGUUUCCACCAUCCGAUAACUCACAACCCUUUAAUGGAAAAUCACAGCCUUCACUAAAUCUCUCCCUUAAAUCCGAAUUUGAACCCAUGGAAACUACUUCUCAAGAAAAGAUGGAAGAGGCCAAUGAAACUACGAUGGGAUCAAAUGGACUGACACCAAUGGCACAUCAUGGAUUCAUGUCUGCUUAUUUACCUGUUCAAUUUUCCACAUGGCCAUCAAUUGCAGCUCCCUUUGAAGCAGUUAAUGGAAGAGAGAAAUCCCAACAUCAGGUCCUCAAGCCAAUCCCGGUGAUUCCAAAGGAACCUGUGAAUGUUGAUCAACUUGUGGGAAUGUCGCAUCUCAGCAUUGGGGACAAACAAGUACUUGACAUAGAGCCUUCCCCACUUUCCUUAAAGUUGUUAGGGGAGCCCUCAAGGCAGUCAGCAUUCCAUGCAAAUGCUCCAGUUGGCAGUUCAGAUUUAAACAGUGGCAAGAACAAUCCAAUUCAAGCGGUUUGAACUUGAAGACAGCAGGCCUUCUUUUGGUCAUCUUUUCAUUUGUACUAUCAUAUAUACCUUUUUUUUCCUUCUGAGCCCUAGUUUUUUAAUCUUCCAAUUUGUAGGAAGUUAUGUGGUGGUAUGUAGCUCAGGUUAGAUUAAUUCUUGGCAAAUAUUCAUUCUUUCUAACUGUAAACAAAUGAAAGCUUCAAUAAUCAAAUAUUCACCAAGAGGUCCCUGUUCCUCUAGGUUUCUUUAUAAAGAGUGAGUCUGGAUAUAAUUUUCACCAAGUACUUACAAGAGAAGAAAGAAAAAUAAGUUAAAGCAGGGGGCGCCGAAUAACCUAUCAUUCCCUGUUUUCCAUGUUUGCUACAAGGAUCCUGUCUCGUGCAUUUGAAUAAAAGUUUGGCAGACAGAACAAAAAUUGCCUUUAGUAGGCAUGCUAGAUUCCUAGUUGAUUUCAACAAUGUUUUUCCAAAGAGUGGAUUCUGAAGAUGUUUAGGAGAGUUGAUGCUUCCAGACAAGAAUAACCUCCCAAAUCCACUGAGAAGUAAGAAAGCAACCUUGUCUAACCUAUUCAUAAUCGCAUCAAUUCCCACAGGCUUGAAUUAUUCAUAUCAGCACACAUUUCUUGAUGAGAAAAGAAAAGAAUUGAUGUGCUUUUCAGGUCCUGUGAGCAGCUAAUUCAUUUGGGACACUAUGCAUUGCAAUCAUGUCCCUUUCAAUGUAAUUGGAUCCUCCUCGCUGUAGGAAACAGGAGAUGAAGGCUAAGUUUUCUGGUAUAAAAAUUAACAUGAAUGUGUUGAGAUUUU